UUACAUAGUAUUAAAGCUGAGAUAUCCUCAAUGUCGGGCGCUAAUUCAUCCAUUCAUGAAAUACCAUAUCGCGACAUUUAUGUCUUCCACUAGUAGUAGCCGCCGAUCAUGUACCUUGCAUAUAUCUGUUGGUUUAUUGAGGAACCUUUUAUGGACUUUGUAUUUUUAGGACUUUGGUAACAUGGGGGCCUCUAGCCUGUGAUGUCUUGGAUAUUUCAGCAAGACUCUUUAAUUCAGACCUCUAAAUAAUUUUUAAUUCCUUUUCCAUAGGUACCUAAGGUACCCAGACAUAUUUUUACAAUGACCGCGAGACUUCCGUCAAACCGUGUAAUACACAUAAUUGUUGCACUUCUCAUUGUCUUAUUAAUAUAUUUCAACUUACCACGAUUCACCUCCAGCAGGGACGUCGAUAGGCUGCUCGGCGACAUAAAUAAUAGCACACUUGGAUUCCAAGAGAUAUUCGUGGUUGGCUUGCCGUCACGGACAGACCGCCGCGAUGGCAUGUUCCUGCAAGCUGCCCUUAGCAAUAUGAGAAUAGAAUUCGUGGAUGGCGUAAACGGAAAAGAUAUACCUGAUAAAGCAAUUCCCAUGACGUUUGAACGCGAGAGGAUGAACGAUGCUUCUCUCGGAUCGUGGCGCGCACAUAUGAAUGCAAUUCAAGAGGUCGUUCGGAGAAACUUAACUUCUGCUCUGAUACUGGAGGACGAUGUUGAUUGGGACGUCCGAAUCAAACAUCAGCUAAAAGACUUCGCAUUGUCUACGCGAGCUAUUACGCAACCUCGACCCGGCUCCAAGUCAUAUGCCGAUUCUACCUUUCCAACUCCACCUAAGGAAUCCUCCACUGCCGUUCCCGAUAUUUCAUUUCAUUUUAUGCCCAAUACCGAAUCCCCGAGGUUGUCUCCAUACGGCGAUAAUUGGGAUCUGCUAUGGAUUGGUCACUGCGGCAUGCACUUCCCGUUCGAAGACAACCCCCUUAUACCAAAAGGGCGAGUUAUUCAUCUCGAAGAUGAGACCGUUGCCCCAAAACAGAAUCUGUGGACUUUUAACGUGCCUUUCACAUUGAAGGAUAAAUAUCCAGAACACACAAGGGCGGUACAUCAUGUACAAGAAGGCGUCUGCACACUGGGAUACGCAAUAAGCCAGGCGGGUGCGCGGAAGCUCUUGCACGAGAUAGGACUCAAGGACGUUACGGACGGAUUCGAUAUCCUCCUUCGUUUCUUCUGCGAGGGGGUGAACGGACGCAAGUAUCAUAACUGCUUGACAACCCAACCAGCACUCUUUCACCACCAUCGGGCGGCCGGCCCUGUUAGCGCCUCAAGUGAUAUAGGAGACCACGGUGGUGGUUUUAGGGAGAAGAGCUCAACUGAUAUGGUGAGGUGGAGUGUUAGAUUAAAUGCCGAUGUAUUGUUAGAAGGGCGUACGGACUUUGUCGACCAAUAUCCAGACAAAGCCCUUAAUUCACCAUAGAAUUAUAUGUAAUACUACCUAACAUUAAUAUUAGUGAUACGAAAA